AUUAGACAGAUGAGGAAGGAGGUGGUGGUGGCGGCGGCGGCUGUAACAGUGGGUGCAGCAGCAGUCGGUGUGGCAGUGUUUUUGAAACAUUGGGAGCAGCAGAGAGAGCGGCGAUUGAGACAAGCAAAACGACUUCUUCGCAAAUUCGCCAACGAUUGUGCCACUCCGGUGGCUAAACUUUGGAAUAUAGCCGAUGACUUGGCCUCGAAAAUGGAAUCUGGGCUUUCAUCGGAGGAAAGUAUAUUGGGGAUGCUUGUUUCCUAUGUCGCACCACUCCCUACAGGUGAAGAGAAAGGUAUAUAUUAUGGGAUAAAUCUACGAGGAACAAAUUUUCUUAUGAUCCGAGGAAGUCUUGGAGGGAAGAAUUUACCUAUUUCUGAAUUGCAAAGGGAAGAGGUUGCAAUUCCUUCGACUGCCAUGGAUGGAGAUUCUACCAAAGAAUUAUUUGAUUUGAUUGCUGUGGAGCUAGCCAAAUUUAUUUCAGUACAUAGUGAAAUUGAUGGCAAGGCAGAAUCAAGAGAAAGAAAAUUGGGAUUCACAGUUUCAUUCCCAGUGGAGGAAGAUGCAAGAUCCUCAGGCACUGCCAUUAAAUGGAGGAGUUUAUCGGUCAAUGACAUAGUUGGCAAAGAAUUGACGAAUGACAUCAAUCGAGCCUUGGAGAAGCAUGGUAUAGACUUGCGGGUUUUUGCACUAGCUAAUGAUACUACAGGAGAUUUGGCUGGAGCAAUAUACUACAGCAAAGAGAAUGUGGCUGCAAUAACUUUAGGAAUGGGAACAGAUGUUGGAUAUGUAGAAUCAGCAGAACAAGUUCCAAAAUGGCAUGGCCAAUCACCCAAUUCUGGAGAAAUGAUUAUAAAUAUGCAAUGGGGAAAUUUCAGUUCCUCCCAUCUCCCCUUUACAGAGUUUGAUGCCUCUUUAGAUGCUGAGAGCUCAAAUCCUGGUAGCAGGAUGUUUGAAAAGCUUAUUUCAGGAAUGUAUCUAGGAGAGAUUGUUAGGAGGGUUUUGCUCAAGAUGGCUCAAGAAACAGCUUUAUUCGGAGAAUGGGUUCCACCUAAGCUUGCAACUCCAUAUUUGUUGAGAUCGCCAGAUAUGGCUGCCAUGCACCAAGACACAUCAGAGGAUUUCGAAUUGGUGGAUGAGAAACUGAAGGAAAUCUUCGAGAUAAACUAUUCGACUCAAAUGGCUAGAGAAUUAGUCGCAGAAGUGUGCGACGUCGUAGCAGAACGUGGAGCUCGACUCGUGGGAGCCGGCAUUGUGGGAAUUGUUAAAAAGCUUGGAAGAAUUGCAAACAAGAAGAGUGUUGUUACAAUUGAAGGUGGACUUUACGAACACUAUAGAGUAUUCAGAAACUAUCUGCAUAAUAGUGUAUGGGAAGUGCUGGGAAAUGACCAUUCGGACAAUGUGAUUAUUGAAAAUUGUCAUGGUGGAUCUGGGGCUGGUUCUAUCUUUUUGGCAGCUUCCCAAACAUAUAAUGCAGGUUCAUAAAACUUUUUCA